CAUUCGUUUAGUUCACUGGAAAUCGUUCUGUGCGGUCGAACAAAUUAUAUACGUAAAUAAAUAUAUUUAGACGUGAUAUAUACGCAACUUGCCAAGAAUGGCUGAAAAUUUGGAAAGUGGUUCGGAUCAAAUCAUAAGUUCUAACACAGGAGCAGUUUUGGACUUUGAAGCAAUUCUAAUAGGCGAGGAAAUACAAAGAGGAAAGUUUGGCGUUACGUCCAAGGCCACGUGGUAUUCUCAGACAAUUGCUGUAAAGGAAUUGAAACACAUUAUCAAUGAAAAUAUCGAACAUCGAGCCAUGCAGCUGAUGAAUUUAUCACAUGUAAAUAUCGUACAUAUCUUUGGAAUCGCUAUGAAUGCCGAAUCUACAUAUUUACUUAUGGAAUACGUAGAGGGUGAAUCCCUGUUUAACCGUGUCCACAAUAAAUUGAUAAAAAUUACUAUCGAUUUGGCUAUAGAUUGGAUGUAUUCUGCAGCGGAGGCCAUCAAAUACCUGUUUUGUGAGAUGAAGCUAGACCCCCGUUUCCUUUGUAAUUUGAAGACUAAGAAUCUGAAGUUCCGUCAUAGCUUCACAAGCUUGAAAUUAUAUAAUUUUUGUCUUGCGUUUGACGAUGAAAAAGUGUUGAAAAACAAUUUAGAUACGUCCUAUAUGGCACCGGAGUCAAUCAGAGAAGGAGCUUACACGGAGCAGAGUGUCAUAUAUAGCUUUGGUAUUAUCUUCUGGGAGGUAUUGGCACGCAAGAAACCUUUCGAUAAAUAUAAAACUCCAUUACAGAUUAUGAGCGCGGUCAAAAAAGGUGAACGUCCACCUAUUGAAAACAUAGCUGAAAUUACCUCGAGUUCAAUAGAAACAUUCAUUACAAAAUGUUGGCAUCAAAAACCGGAAGAACGAUACAAAAUGGAUGAAUUAUUGAUGUCACUGCAGAAUCUGAAGUCAGCAAUCAGCAGCUAUGAGAAACCGGUUGACAUCGAUUUUUUGGAACUAAAUCUAAAUAUUGUUAGCGAAAGUCAAUUUGGUAUAAUAUACAAAGGCGAUUAUCGAGAGACGGAGAUAGCAGUUAAAAAAUUUAAACAAGUUUUUAAGCACAAUAUCAAGAAAGGUCUUGAAGAAGAGGUCACUCGUCACUCACGCUUGAACCAUGAGAAUAUUGUAAAACUAUAUGGUAUUACUUAUGAUAAAAAUGAUAUUCUACAUUUAGUCAUGGAAUACGCUAAUUGCGGAUCCCUCUACAACUAUUUGCAUGAUGAGGAACAGCGAACGUACACAGUUAAGAAUUCCCUCCACUGGAUGUAUCAGGCGGCAAAGGGCAUUAACUAUCUACUGCAUGGAAGAACCAUGUCAGAAAUACAUUGCAAUUUAAAUUCUCAAAAUAUGUUGCUGUUCAAAAACUGCAGACUCCUGAAAAUUAGUGAUUAUUGCUUUCCUGGCAAUCGAGAUAAUCUUUCAGCCCAUCAAAAUAGGGCAUAUUUAGCACCAGAAGCUCUCAAAGACGGAAAGUAUUCAAAAGAGACCGAUAUAUAUAGCUUUGGUAUUGUAUUUUGGGAGGUGAUGACACGCAAGAAGCCAUUCCCCGAUUUGGAUACAUCAGUAGAAGAAGAGAUCACUAAUGGCUUACGACCGGAUCUGAAAGAUAUAAUUGAAUCAGAGUAUAAGGACAUAAUAAUUAAAAUAAUUGAAAGGUGCUGGGAUGGAGAUCCAGAAAAACGUCCAUCAAUUACAACACUGAUCGAUGAGCUGUAUAAACCUGAGGCGUUUGAAGAAGUUGCUAGGUGUGAAUCUGAAGAAGCUCCGGCCGUAGACCUAAGGGAUAUUGAUAUGGGAAAGGAAAGUGUUGGAAAAGGUACCUUCGGCGAUAUCUAUAAAGCUACUUGGUUUAAGAAAGAGAUCGCUGUACAGCAAUGUACAACGGAAACUUUUGGAGGGGACGAUUUUGACUCAGCAGAUCUUAAAAGAUGGUUCCAACAGCUUUCUCGACUUAGCCAUGAGAAUAUUGUGGAACUAUAUGGAAUUGCCCUUCAUGAGAAUCAUAUCUUUAUGCUAAUGGAUUAUCCAGUGUGCAUAUCGCUUUACAACUAUUUGCAUGGAGAACAACACUUUGAGUAUACAGUGAUGCGAGGACUCAAUUGGAUGAGCCAAUGUGCUAAGGGCUUAAAUUACUUGCUUACCAUGAAACCAAACCCGUUGUUUCAUGGUCGUUUAUCGCCACACAACCUUCUACUACCGAUAACCAAUAAUUACCGAAAUUUGAAAAUUUGUGAUUUUGGCAUUGCUCAGGAACUGCAAUUUUCAUUUACUCCUUACAAUAGCAAUUCUUAUUAUAUGAACAAAGAUAUAUAUACAGGAGGUCCACACCAAACAUCAAUAAGAGUAAACGUCAAAGGAAUUAUAAGUCCAAUUCAGAGCGACAUUUUUAACUUUGGAACUAUUCUAUGGGAGGUGAUGUCACGCAGGAGAGCUUUGCUUCGACCAUACCACAAUUAUAGUGUGAUGGUUUAUAUGCCACUUAUUAUUAUAGAAGGUGCAAAACCAAUUGAAGAUAUAAUACGCCGUUGUUGGAUGUCGCAUCGGACAGGAAAUAAACUAGAAAUGGAAUGGCUUUUUUCUGAUCUCCAAAAUAUGGUCAUAACAUCUGAAAAAUCACACAUGGAUCAUCCCAUGAAACAAUUAGAGGAAAAAGAGUGGGCUACGCUUGCAACAAAAAAAUUAAAGGAACGAAUUCCGGAAAUUGAGCCAUCAUUCGUAGAGAAUGUGGAUUUUAACGAUAUACAAAUUUAUGAGAAAAUUGGGGAUGGUUCAUUUGGCGUUGUUAACAGAGCUGAAUGGUCUAAUAGAACUAUUGCAUUAAAAAAAAUUACUCCCCAAACAAAAUCAAGCCUUCAAGCAAUUAAGAAUGAGAUCAAGUUUCUUUCUGAUCUUAGCCACAAAAAUAUUGUGAAAUUAUAUGCGACCGCAUCGCAUUCGCAGACUUUUUAUUUACUCAUGGAAUAUGCAGAGUGUGGAUCUCUCUACGACUGCUUGCAUGGAGAAGAUCAACGUAAAUACACAAGGUCAGAUGGUAUUAACUGGAUGAUUCAACUUGUUGAGGGUAUAGCUUACAUGCAUAAUUGCAGAAGUAAGCCCAUUAUUCAUCGAGAUUUGAAAUCUGCAAACUUACUAUUAACCGAUGAAUUCAAAAAUUUGAAGAUUGGUGAUUUUGGCACUGUAAAAGAAUUGGCGACAUUUAAUACAGAUUAUACUGGCACGCCCUCUUAUACAGCUCCCGAGGUUUACACUGGAACUAUAGAUCCUAAGGAUUCCCCUGGAACUCCUCAGGCUGGAAAAAUAAGGUAUACAGAAAAAUGCGAUAUUUAUAGCUUUGGCAUUAUUCUUUGGGAGGUAAUGUCACGAAGGAAGCCUUUUGAUCACCUUGAGGAACGCAACCCGACAGCAAUGCAACAUCUUACUGCCAAAGGGAAACGACCUGAACUGGAUGAUAAACUUAAACUCAAAUUUGGUGAGCCUUUAGUAAAAUUGAUUGAGGAUUGUUGGCAUCAAGAUCCGAUACGACGACCCACUGCCAAAUCAAUUGAUCUUUCUGAAGUCUCAUGUUCUGAUGAUCCUAUUGAAAUGCAUCGCUAAAGCACCGUAAUUAUUACAAUUAAUAUUCUGCUCAUUGAAUGUCCUGUUGGUAAUAUCUAAGAAAGCCUAUUGUAACUGGCAAAUUAACCAAACAGUGACCCCUACCCCUAAUUGCGUUUCAACCCACAUGUUGAACACCCGUUGUCAGAUUGAAUUCUUAACGCUUCGUAUGGCAUACAAUUUAUUUACAAAAAUGUUUUUAAAAUUAAUGAGAUACCUCGCAAACAGGGCUGGGGACUGUAAAGGUGUCAAACAUUAAAAAAAAAAGAAUAAAUAAAUUAAUAUAAACAAUUUUAA